UAACACCGUUUUGAUAACAGCGCCUUGAUAGAGUGUACAGCUGUUGAAACUGGUUGAAACGUAAAUUUUUAGUGCUUAAGUGUCAUUAUAUCUGUUUUUUUUUUUUUUGGUAAAAACGUAGCCCUUGGGCUGAAAAUAUUACGAUUAUAAAAAUGAGAGAAGCUGGGAUAAUGUUAAUAAGUGCUGCAUUAACGUGCGCCGUAAUUGGCAAUGCUUAUUAUCAAAGAAAACAAUUUUAUCCGACGGUAGUCCACAUAACCAAAUCAAAUCCGAGCAUGACUGUAAUUUAUGCUCAAACGUUGAUACUCGUUUUCAUGAUAAAUGCAUUCCUUAGGAAGAUAUUUUUCGGUACUUUACGUGCUGCUGAACUGGAGCAUUUGGUAGAGAAAGUAUGGUAUGCAGUAACUGAGACGUGUUUAGCUUUUACAGUAUUUAGGGAUGAUUUCAGCCCAAAAUUUAUAGCAUUAUUUACACUUUUAUUAUUUCUUAAAUCAUUUCACUGGUUAGCUGAAGAUCGUGUUGAUUACAUGGAAAGAAGUCCAGUGAUAACAUGGCUAUUUCAUCUGAGAGUCGUGACUUUAUUAGGACUUCUAUUUGUCAUUAAUUUAACAAUGAUUCAUUACGCAUAUAGUACAACUGCUACAAAAGGUCCUUCAGUACAACUUGUGUUUGGAUUUGAAUAUGCGAUUUUAUUGACUGUUGUAAUAAAUAUUACUGUAAAAUAUAUAUUACACACAAUAGAUUUGCAAAGUGAAAAUCCAUGGGACAAUAAGCCAGUAUUUUUAUUAUACACAGAAUUGGUUAUUGGUUUUCUAAAGGUCACUUUAUAUAUUGCUUUCGUAACUAUAAUGAUAAAACUGUUUACUCUACCUUUAUUUGCACUUCGUCCUAUGUAUUAUACAAUGCGUGAUUUUAAAAAGGCAUUCCAUGACAUUGUAAUGUCACGCAGGGCUAUUAGAAAUAUGAAUACACUUUAUCCCGAUGCAACACCUGAAGAAUUAGCAGCUGCUGAUAAUGUAUGCAUAAUUUGUCGAGAAGAAAUGGUAGCAGCAAGCAAAAAGUUACCAUGUAAUCAUAUUUUUCAUACUGCAUGCCUUCGUUCUUGGUUUCAACGUCAACAAACUUGUCCAACAUGUCGUUUAAAUAUUUUAAGACCAACUACAAUUAAUACAGAGACAAGACAACAAAAUCCACAGCAAGGUCAACAAGCACCCCAACCUCCUCCAGCAGCAGGAUUAAAUCCACAAGGUCAGGGCUUCCAAUUGCCAGGUUUUUGGGCAGGAUUGCAAGCUCCAGGUGUGAUGCCACAACAACAAGGUCAAAAUAAUGUUGGAAAUGUUCCUUUGACACCAUUCCAAAAUUUACCAGCCGGAAGUGUACCAAUUUUUGCCCCACCAUUUCCUCCUAUGGUACCAUUGCCACCUAUUCCUACACCUCCGCCUAAUUUAACAGAACUUACUGAAGAUGAACUCAGAGCAAUGGAGGGCAAUUUACGACAAGCAGUAGAAGCAAGAAUACAAACAUUACAAAGAGUACAACUGUUGUUAGAUGCUGCUAAUGCUAUGAUGAACCAAUAUCAAGCAGCAGCUGCCACUGCUAACAUCCCUAAGCCUCCUACUGCAACAGAAGAAAAUACAAAUGCUCCAACAAAUAUGGCUACAAACCAAGAAAAAGAUACAUGUCUAGCUAGUAAAAAUGAAGGUGAGAGUUCUCGCACUGUAAUAAAUGCAGAUACUUCUGUUCCAGACACAGUUAAUGAUAAAACAGUUAGUCAAUCAAGCACAAGUAAUAUUGAAAUAACUUCAGAAACAUCAUCUAGAGCUGAAACAGAACCCAUAAGUGAGCAAGAAAUGUUAAGGAGACGUAGGCUACAGAAAUUUUCAGCUCAGAAUACAACAGAAUAAGUAGUUCUUAAACUAUGUAACAAAUUAGUUUUUGAUUAAUGCCUGUUCUCAAUUACAGAUAUAAUGAGUGAUUAAAGGAUAUCUGUUUGAAUAUAGACUGCAACUAUGAAAUAAAUUAUUAAGAGUGGGUAAAUAAAUAUAGAGAAAAUUUUAUAAUUUUGCGAUUCCUUGGAUGAAUGAUGUACAAUUAAAACCUGUCAGUGUGUUCUUGAAUAUUAAUAUAUAUUAUAGGCAGUGAUCAUUUAAUUUUGUCUUGAAAUAAACAUUUUUUUUUAUAUAUAA